AUGCCGACCCUCGAAGAGGCGGUAAUUUUUCUCCUCCUGCUGCUGCUGUCCGCCCACCUGGAAGCAGUGAGACUGGUUGGUAUUUUUGAACGCUCCGCCCCUGGACUGCGCUUCCUCCGUGGUUUCCCCCGUGGCAUGUGGGGCACAGCACUAGCGCCAGAACUCGGCGCCUACGAUGAGGAUAAAGAAGAUUCGGGUAUGCUGGCUGGCCUUCGAGAGAAAUUAAUGCCUAUCCUGUCUCCUCUUCCUCCUCCUUCCCUCUUUAGUCAGACUGUGGUUGCACGCCAAAAAGCUGUUUCUUCAGGACAUCAAUGGUUAUGAUGCCCAGUCAAACUUUGAACGUUUUCAAGAGCAAUUGCCUUACUACCUGGUCUCGUGGUCGACUUAUCAACAACAAUCAGCACAUUUUUUCGGUCCUUCGGAAGAAAAUCUGCCCGUUUUGUAUCUCAUGUGGUGGUGCACAGAGGUGAGCAAUCGCAAACCAGGGUUUCUCCUAGAAAUUCCAUCAUCUAAUUCUGCUAUAAGUUGUCUGACGCAAUUCAGUUCAACUCAAAUAUUGCGUUUUCAGGGAGAUAUGGCAUUUAAAUGUUGAAGGAGGCUUGGUACCCCCAAGCGCUAAGAUAUUUGAAGUAGGCAAAUUUUUAGUCAUUUUAACUGGAAUCGGGUGUGGAUUUAUUGCAGUGAUUGCUAUUUAACUUAAAAACAAAGGAUAUAUCACGCUUUUAAAGCAAUACCUGUACAAAGUUGGUAAUUCGGAUAUUAUGAAAAUAAUCGGCAGAUAUUUCCGAAGCAAAAAUUAUUGGACCUAUGCCAUGGCUAAUUUCUUUUAUACCUUUCCUCCUAUGAUUCUGAAGACAAGAUGUCCUCAUUUUCUAUCAUUGUGCUUUCCUUGUUGUCAAAGCCAGAUAUUUGACUCCUUAGUCCGAAAUUUUAAACAGGAAUCUGCAAGUUAGACAUAUUGUUGUAGGUUAUUCAGAGUUACUGGUUUUAUGUUUUUGUGGCAGAUUCAUCGAGUAAAUACAGCCCUAAUUUUGCCGUGACGGCUUUUGAUCUUUUGGGCAACAAAGUUUCCAGACAUUAAAACAUGUCGUGAUGGGAUAUCUAAUGAAUGCCCACAAGAACUCUGGCUACGGGUGCUCAGACUGGUAGCUACAGUAAUGUGCUAACCUAUGAAAUGUCAACCAAAAUUUCGAAAUGCAUUCUCGUUUCGAAAAGAUAAAUUAAGUAGUGUUGUAAAACUAAUCAUGAUGCAGCAUAAAUCUAUAAUGAUCCAGUUACUUCAAAGUGUCGGUUUUCGAAAGGAAUUAUUUUCGGCUGCAUGCUAUAUCUAUACUCUGCAAAUAAUGACUACUUAACUAGCAUGCAAUUUUCUCAUUGAUUUUCGAGGUCCUUGAAAAUUAAAUUAUAUUUCAUGGAAAACAUGCAUAAAAAUAUUCAUUCUUUUACUUAUUCGGUAGAAAAUCACGUCUUCUUCCAAUUUCAUCCUCAAAAGAAGAGUAUAAUUCGGGUUUAAAAAACUUUUCUAACUCCCGAAUAAUUUUGAACCCGACCUGCUGUUACGCUUGCAUUCAGGGUUUCAAAACUACAAACUGUAUAUUUUCCGUGUACGGAAAACCAUGCAUUUCUCUACGGUGUUAAGAGGACAUCAUAUGAGGUUCAUAAAAUUAAGCAGUGGAUUUGAGCAAUAUUGUUAACUUUAUAAGCCACAUUCGUAAAUGCAGAUACAUGACGUUUCAUGAACGGCCAUUCAACGGUAUUAAAAAAUCUCACAAUUAGAAACUUUUCUAAAACCGAAUUAUAGUCUUUUUGAGUAAGAAAUUGGAAGAAGACGUGAUUUUCUACCGAAUAAGUAAAAGAAUGAAUAUUUUCAUUCAUGUUUUCCAUGACAUAUAAUUGAAUUUUCAAGGGCAUCGAAAAUCAAUGAGAAAAUUGCAUUCUAUUUAAGUAGUCAUUUUUUGCCGAGUAUAGAUAUAGCAUGCAGCCGAGAAUAAGUUCUUUCGAAAGCCGACACCCUGGGGCAACUGGAUCAUUAUAGAUUUAUGCUGCAUCAUGAUUAGUUUUAGAACAGUACUUAUUUUAUCUUUUCGAAACGAGAACGCAUUUCGAAAUUUCGGUUGACAUUUCAUGAGUUAGCACAUCUACUGUACUUUUACGCCAAAAUCUUUCGCAUGUCGGAAUGACUUUAGCAGUAUUACGACGCCAAAACUAUCCGGGCGAAUGGCAGAUAUGUACCUCCCGGAGAUUUAAAACAGUCGUGCGUGUGUUUUACUUUUUCGUCACAGGAGAAUUUUAAAUACAGGCAUGGCCAGUUAAGGCUCCUUGGUAAGCUCAUGUAGCUGAAGUCGCACCAGUUUAAAAUAAGGAAUAUUCCUAAAGCAACUUAUCCUCCGAGUUCAAUAAGUAAUAAUCCAAAUUGUAGUCCUGCUAACUUUAGGAUUCAAUGAAAAGUUCCUGAAAUGUUGGCCGAAAUUCUGAAAUGUGUUUCCGACAAUGGAGGAUUGCUUAAUUGAAGUUGUUCUGUAAUAGCUAGAUUACCUGACGGCUUAGCUUCGUGCAGAUUAACGUCCUUGGAAGGCGAUUGACAUUGGGCGUCGACAGAGAUGACUGCAGACAUGUUCUCCGCUGAAUCUUCGUUCAUGAAGUUCGUAUACACUCAAACACGCAUAUUCCAACAGGUAAUAUUAAAAUCAACUUAUCAACGACUGAAGGCCUAUUAAAAAGAGGUCUGAAGAGGGGGAUGAACCACAAGUUACUCAGCUGGAGGGAAACAGAGAAGAAAACCAGAAAUAGAAGAGAAACCUUCCUCCUCUGGUUGAGGGCUCGGCCCGUGCAAUUCUUCUGUUAGGGUUCCCGGCUUUUGCUCAGUCACUCUCGGUUCAAAGGAACCGGAAUGUCGCUCAGGGAGACGUCAAGAAGAAAUUAGAACAAACCUAAUUAAAAAUGCUUGUGUUUUACAGUAAUAUUGAUUAUUGUGCAGAAUAAAUCCAAGAUAUUUCAGUCAUGCCGGAAUGCCGGCUUUUUGAUACACUUUUUCUGCCGCCCGCAUAAAGCACACUCGAUAAAGAAUGACUACGUAUGUAGUAAAAAGUCCUCCAAACUGAUUUUUUAUGUCCUUAUAAGUUCAGAUAUAUUUUAUAGGAAGUACGCAUAAGAAUAUUCUUUUUUGUACUCAAUUGGUGGCAAAUCCCGUCUUCUUGAAAUUUUGUACUGGAGGAAUGGGUAUGUUUCGGCACUAAAAGUUUAUAACUGGGGCUUUUUUAGACCAUGCCAUGUCCAUUCGAAUAACACUUUACCUGUCCUUUUAUUUAUGCUCCUCAUGAAGUACACAACAUGAUACAUAUCCAUCCAAACAUUUUGUCAGCCAGGUUUCGAGCCUACGAUACUGGCUUCCGUCAAGACCAUGUCUUCCUUCCAGUCCUCUAUGACCAGAGGAUGGAUUUGGUGCUGCCAACAGCACUCUGUGGUUACCAGUACGUCCGGAUCCGGCAAAACUUUUUCAUCGUCCACUGACUAUACCGAUGUUAUAGACGUUCAACUAGGUGACUCCUUCGCAUAAACAUAGUCUUUCUUUGAUUUCAUAGUUGUUGUGUGCCGCAAAUUUGGUCGACUGUAUCGUCACAUCCGCUUCACCGUCUGACCGGUAUCGAGGAAGGAGGACUCGUGUAGAGCGUGCUCCUUCUCUCUAUCUCUCUCUCUCUCCCCUGAUAAUGUUUAGUUUCUAGCGGCAAAGUCCAGCAGUAUGUAGUGAUCUCAUCAUCUAUAUUUAAGGUCAGAAAUACCCUACUCCACGAUUGUUAAGCGUGACCUUUACGCGUCGCUCAGUUAAGGGUGAUCGAAGCGUUUGUCAAUCACAGGCACAGACUAGGUCUGAACCGUGAAAAUCGAUCGCCGACCGGAGGUACCUUCUGUGAAUUUUUCCUCUAAAGGCCACCGAUUCGGUGGUUCGGUGGGUGUAGGGACUCACCUCCGAGAUCACCUCUUCGAAUCUGAAUUGGUUUCCCGCUGACGCAGCGACUAAAUGAAGCAAUAAGCAAGUGCGGCACAGCUAUUCCGGGAGAAUAUACUGGAUCCGAAUGUCUUCAGUGUUUACCAACAGAAUUCCAGAUGAACAAUGAAUCGUGGAGGCUUAACCGACAGUCGUAAUGCAUGGUUUGCAAGGUUUUGUAACACAGUGAACUCUGGAUCCGAGUAAACUGGCCGAUGCAAGUAGGAGCAGGUAAAGCACACUAGGUGGGCUAACUCAUGCAAUGUCAACCGAAAUUCCGAAAUGUGUUUUCGUUUCGAAAAGAUUAAUUAAGUAGGGUUGAGAAACUAGUCAGCCUGCAACAUAAUUCUAUAAUAUUUCAGUUAUCUCAGGAUGCCGGCUUUCGAAUGAACUUCAUUCCGACUGCAUGCAAAAACUACACUCUGCAAAAAACGACGACUAAGUAUCAGGACUUUUUAUCACUGUCUUUCGAUACCCUUAACAAUUUAAUUAUAUUUCAGGGAAAACAUGCAUACAAAUAUUCAUUCUUUUGCUCAUUCGGUAGAAAAGUACGUCUUCUUGCGAUCUUAUACUUGAAGGAGGGGAACAAUUCAGUUUUCCCGAAUAAUUUUGCAACCGCUCUAUCGUCACACUUGGAUUCGGGGUUCCCUAGCUACAAGCCGUAUAUUUUCAGCUUAUGGAAAACCAUACAUUUCCUACGGUACUGAAGGGGAACCAUAUAGGGUUUAUCAAAUUUAAUAGUGGAUUUGAUCCAUAUUGUUAACUUUACGAGUUACAUUGGUAAAUGCCGAGACAUGAUGACCAUUUCACGGUAUUUAAAAGUCCCACAAUUAGAAACUUUUUAAAACAGAAUUAUGUCCCUCGUUGGAACAUAAAAUUUGAAGAAGACGUACUUUUCUACCGAAUGAGCAAAAUAAUGAAUAUUUGUAUGCAUGUUUUCCCUGAAAUAUAAUUGAAUUGUUAAGGGUAUCGAAAGUCAAUGAUAAAAAGUCCUGAUACUUAGUAGUCGUUUUUUGCAGAGUGUAGUUUUUGCAUGCAGUCGGAAUGAAGUUCAUUCAAAAGCCGGCAUCCUGAGAUAACUGAAAUAUCAUAGAAUUAUGCUGCAGGCUGACUAGUUUCUCAACCCUACUUAAUUAAUCUUUUCGAAACGAAAACGCAUUUCGGAAUUUCGGUUGGCAUUGCAUGAGGUAGCCCACCAACUUUUGCACAGCAGGGCUGGAAACUGACUGACUGCGCUCUCCGGCUGCCUUUAUAGCACGCAAACAAUAUUUGAAGAAGAAGAAGAAGAAGAAGAAGAAGAAGAAGAAGAAGAAGAAGAAGAAGAAGAAGAAUCGAGCACCGGAACAAUUCGUUUAUUAUCCUGAGCUUUCAGACUCGUACAGGAGUCCAUCGUCAGAGGUAUUGGCAGAAACAGGACAAGCGGCAGUUAUAAGGCACGUAGACCCAAUCAUCGACCGACGUCGCACGACUGGAGGUGACUACGAAGGGCUCUGUACGCCGGCGCCAGAUAGAUAAAUCGAUUGACCGAGUUCUCAUCCGAGGCCCAGGCUUCAAUCAAUUCUCGGCCUGUUUUGUUUCCGGCGUGGGCAACUAUUUUGGUGGCUGCGAAGUCAAACUCGUGACCCAUUUCGUAGGUGUGGGCGGCCACUUGUGAUAAUGCGUCGCCUCGCCGCACAGCCAGCUUAUGUUCAUGUAUGCGCGAUCCGAGCAUGCGUCCAGUCUGUCCUGUGUAAUUACAAGGACAAUUUUGACACGGAAUGCGAUACACUACUCCAGAUUGCUCUUCGGGUUUUAACCGGUCUUUGAUCUUCAUGACCCUGUUGCGCAUGGUGGCUUUGGGGCGGUGUGCGAUUCCAACCCCUAGCUCCGCAGCAAUGCGCUCGGUCGCUUCUGAAACACCCUUGAUGUAUGGCAGAGAAUGCCAUAUCGUCGGUGGCGUUGAUGUUUGAGUUCUCUGGUGGCGACCGCGUAGGCAGCGACUUAUGAAUGCCCUCGGAUAGCCAUUUUGCACAAACUGGUCGCGGAGAUAACGGGCCUCACGCGCUCUAUCUUCCAGUUUGCUGCAAUGAGUUUGGAUCCGUUUGAAGAGUGUCUUCACACAGCUUCGUUUGUGAGCCACCGGAUGGUUGCUGUGAAAACUGAGAAGCUGUGUGGUGUUCGUUGCCUUCGUAUAAACCGUCGUUUCAAGUUCACCGUUAAGGUUUCGUCUGACGAGCACAUCCAGGAAGGGCAACUGCUGCUCCUGUUCUUCUUCUCUCGUGAAUUUUAUAUCCGGGAAGACUGCGUUGAGCAGGCUGUGAAAAUGUUGCAGCAUGUCCUUCUUUACGAUGACGAACGUGUCGUCAACGUAACGUCGCCAAAACACCGGUUCAUGUUGGAGGAAGGCAAUCUUUUCCAACUCCUGUAG